AUGGCGCGACCCAAUGGCUACGGUACCGUCUCGAAUGACAAUCACGCAGAGAAUGGCAUGCUCAGUGGCUCAGAUGGUGAACGAGCAGCACUACUCAGCAAACCCGAGGAUGGCAAUCUUGUCCUACGACGAAUCCAGGGCCAUAUGACUGUCGAUAUCAGCAAGGCUUGGGGUGAUCUUAUUCUUCUUGGCUGCUACAUCAUUACCGGGUUGCUGGAUAGUAGUAGCGUACAGGUAUGGGGUAGUUUCGUGAGCAUGCAGACGGGCAACACAAUCUACUUCGGCCUCGGCCUCGCCGCCCCCUGGAAAUCCAAUCGCUGGAUCCGUGCCGGAAUCUCCGUCGGCUGCUUCUGCAUCGGCUCCUUCUUCUUCGCCCGUUUCCACCGUUAUCUAGGCCAACGAAAACGCUGGGUCAUGGUCCUGUCCUUCACCAUCCAAAUCAUCCUUAUGAUCAUCGCCGCUUUGAUGGUCACCCUUGGCCCGGUAACAGGAACAUCCGACCCUGUGACCAUCUGGAUCAGUCUGCCUAUCGCACUUAUCGCUUUCCAGUCUGCGGGCCAGGCGGUCUCGAGUCGAGUGCUGGGCUAUAAUGGGCUGACCUCUGUGGUGCUUACGAGUAUUUAUUGUGAUUUGUUUAUGGAUCCCAAGUUGCUUACGGCGAGUCCGCGGGAGAAUAUUGAGAGGAAUCGUCGGGCGGCGGCGGCGGUUUGUGUGGCCGUUGGGGCGUUCUUUGGUGGGCUUUGGGGGAACAGUGAGUAUGGGCUGCCUGGAGCGCUGUGGACGGCGAUCGUGCUUAAGGGGAUUGUGAUUGUGCUGUGGUUCUUUUGGAAGGCUGAUAAGGAGUCUACGGCAUAA